UACUCUUUUUGAGGUCAAUAACCAUUUGAUCUGCUGGUGAUCUAGUGGUACCUCUUAGGCCUCCUCUGUUAGCCGUUAACCAGUAGCCACUCUUAACUGUAUAUUAACCAUGCUCUGUGUAAGCCCAUAUGUUACGAUCAGCUCCUCUGCCUGGCGUUAGCUUCUGAAUACGGCAAACCUCGUUGGGAGGGAAGAGUGAGUUAAGUGCACUCAUAUCCCAACGACAGAGACAUCAAUCAAGGAUGCAACUCUUCUUGUUACUUCAAUGUUACACUCCUUAUUAACAGUACAACGAGGAUGUGAGUCCAUUAUCCAUUUGUCUGACCAGAUAUAUGGCGUUAGCUUCUGAAUACGAUAAACCUCGUUGGAAGGGAAGAGUAAGUUAAAUGCAUUCAUAUCCCAACGACCAGAGACAUCAAUCAAGGAUGCAACUCUUCUUGUUACUUCAAUGUUACACUCCUUAUUAACAGCACAACGAGGAUGUGAGUCCAUUAUCCAUUUUUCUGACCAGAUAUAUGUGUCUACUCUGUUUCCAAUGGAUCAAAUCAUUCCUUCUUGUAGAAGUUUCCUCCCAAACAAGAUGCUUCUCCAAGCGUAAGAAGGACGGUAUCCUUUUCCUCAUUUCAUGAAGCCCAACGAAGCAUAGUAACGUCCCUUGUAGAGUUUUGCGAGCAGACUACCAGGCUGAUUGUAAAGUCUCCAUGCUUGUUUAGCUAACAGAGCUUGAUUGAAGUUGCCUAUAUCUUUGAAACCCAGGCCUCCGUCCUCUUUAGAAAGACAUAACUUCUCCCAAGAAAUGCAAUGUAUUUUUUUUCUUAUCAUCAUCACAAGCAUUCCACUAGAAGCUUAACAUGGCACUCAUAAUCUUUUGACAAUGAUGUUUAGUCAAUUUGAAGCAUGACAUUGCAUACACAGGAAGCGCCAUGGCAAUCAAUUUCAAGAGUACCUCUUUGCCACCUAGAGAUAGUUUUUUUGCGAACCAGCCAUUCAAUCUCUUAUCGAGCCCCUCAUUAAUCAAGGCGAGCAGUUGACGUUUGGAACCACUAAAACACUCAGGGAGCCCUAAGUAUUUACCAUCGCCACCUUCCUUUUCAAUGCCACUCAUUUCAGCAAUAAGUCUCUUCAUAAUAAGAUCUAUACCAGCACCAAAUGUAAUAGCUGUCUUCUGGAAGUUGAUUACUUGGCCUGAGGAAUCUCCGCAUAGUUGUAAACACAUCUCUGCAAUCUCCGGUAAAUUAGCCUUACACAGCAAGAAGCUGUCGUGGGGGAAGACAAGAAUAGUUACUGCAGUUUGAAAAUUACAAGAGUAAACUUUUCAAUUUCACAUCAUUUAUUUGUUACGAUAAAUGAAUCAGUGUCAAUGACAUAUUACUUUUAGCAAAUCAUUUUUACAGCUUGGACACGAAAUGUUUCAUUCAGUACAAGGAAAAAUGAAAAUAAUUUUCGGUUUCAUAAAGUUUGGAAGAGAAAAAAAAACAGAUUUUUUUUUUUGUUUUUUGAAGAAACACUUCAACUGUGAUAAAAAGAAGAAGAAGAAGAAACACUUUAACAUAAAAAGGAAAAACGUUUUAGUUCAUUCAGUAGCAACUGCAUUACCAACCAUGUAAUGUUAUGUUUUUGGUCAUCUUAAUUGGUAAUUAUCAAAUUCAUUAGGGUGGUUGUAUAUUUUUGGAGUUAUGGUGAAAAUCAUAAAAGUAUUCACUAAAAGUUUUGAGAUCAAUUAUAUCGAGAUAAAUGUAUGAUCAACUUGGUUAUCAUGCAUUAUAUGAUUUUUGUGGACAUUUCUCCAUAUACUCCAAAUAUUUAUGCACUCUGAUGACUAGGAGAAAACUUCCUUUAUGACAUUGAGAUGCAUCUACUGUUGCAAGGACAUCCUUUCAGUUUAAAGAAUGCCAUCUCCACUUAUCAGAGACUGGUACACAUGAGUUUUGAAAAGCAAAUCGGCCAGACCGUGGAAGUUUACAUAGAUGACAAGCUCAUGAAAUCAUUAUAGGUAGAGGACUACAUCUGUCACUUGUAGCAGAUAUUCUAAACACUAAAGGAGUACAUCAUGAAGCUCAAUUCUUCCAAAUGUAUUUUGGUGUGAGUUCGGGCAAAUUCAUGGAUUAUAUACAUUGCCACCUAUACACAGACGCAUAUUCAUGUUAACAGUAUUUUGGCCUCUUUUUCUGGCCUCUGAGUCAUGGCCUUUUGCUCACAAGCAGGACGACACCACCCACAUAAAACACGUUCUCAAGUAUGAGAAUUUGAUUUAGACCAUGUAUCCCUUACCAGAUCAGAAAUAUACAUUCAACUUUUGGUUAUAUACAUUCUCUCAGAUUAUAGUCUCCUACUCAUAAGCAUGAUGACAUUAUGUUCACAAACCAUAUCGACAUGUUUACCAUUUGGUCUUGCCAUGCGCCAUUUAGAUCGGAUGAUUCCAAUCAACUACAAAGCCUUGCACCCACAACAUCAUAUAUCCAACAAGGCUUGAGGCUAUUUGGCCAUGUGCCCACACAGUUAAAAAACCAUCAUUGGAUCACACGACCUUUAGAUUAGUCUAUUGCUUAGGCACUAUGCUUGAUAAUCUAAAGAGACCCCGGUCUCUUAUAAGGCCAUACGACCUUACAUCAUAGUGUCUUCGACAAGAUUAUUAGGCGGCUCAAACAAUGAUAUCUUAAGCAACCUUAGAGGUGACAUCAUGCUCCCUAAGCUACAAAGAACCUGCUGCCAAAGCACAACCCAGAUCACAUGAUAAGCACACAUUAUUUUCCGAUUUCAAACAUGAACUCGGAUAAUAAGAAGCAAAAUUUUGGGGAUAAUUAAUCCCUAAGUAGAUCUUCCUGGAUAAAACAUGAAGUCGAGCUCAUGCUUCUAGUUUUUUUGUUUCCUGCCUUCGAGUCAUGCGCUUUUCCUACCUCCAAGCUAAAGAAAAAACUUCUAGAUAAAAUAAAAUCUUCUCAAAUUUCAGAAUAUGAUCAAAUCUAACAUUUACCUUGCCAAAAUUACAUAUAUAAGUGAUCUAACACUCUAAAAGAGGGAAGUCAACAUUCAACACUUCAACUAAAGAGUAUGUAGUUAGAGCGAAGGUUUAUACACCAAUAAAGUAUAGAACUACUCUUAAAAUUAAUAGAAUAUUACUUUUGAUCUUCUUGAUUAAUUUUCUUCUUGUUUCCGUAUUAUCACAAAUUACCUGAUUGUUUACCUAAGACAUAUGCUUUAACGAUUUUAUUUACUAAUUUUUCGAGGAUAUUUAAAAUUGUUUAACGUUAUUGAAAAAAUUAAAAGGAUGAAAUAAAUCACGUAAUUGAAUAUUCUAACUACGUGAUAUUUAUUGUAAUAUUUUGAGAAAGAGGACCACUCCGAUGCUCCAGCAUACAAGAAAUAACACCAAAAGUCCAAAGAAGAAAACCAUAAAUAGUUCUUAAAAAACACACUUCUCGUCUCCGAAACCAGAAAGGAAAUCACAAGAAACGAGAUCAAUGGAGGAAGACUACAUUAGAGUUAUUAACAUAACAAUGUUUGGAGUAAUCUCAUGGGGUCUGAUUUUCAUCCUCCUCCGUAGAAUUUUCUCAAACUACUCAUUCGAUUUCAGCACUCGUAUUGUCUCAGCACUUCACGCCACAGUCGCUGUCAUUUUAGCAACUCUUACGAUUCAAGAUUGGUCUUGUCCAGUUUGUCCAACUGGUUCCAUGUCAACUAUCCAGCAGAUGGAAACGAUGGCGUUUUCAUUGUCUUACAUGACCUACGAUCUCAUUUGUAGUAACUUUGUUCAACUCCUAAGCAUUGAUAAUGCGGUUCAUCAUUCUAUCUGCAUUCUUGGUUUCGUAGCUGGACUUUGCUCCCGAGAGUGUGGAUCUGAGAUAGUGGCAGCAUUGUGGAUAGGAGAGAUCUCGACUCCAUUUCUUAACCUCAGGGUGAUUCUAAAAGAGAUUGGUUACAGAGACACCGAUCUCAAUCUUACCGCCGAUGUUUGUUUUGCAAUAAUUUUCUCAUUGGCGAGAAUGGUGGUUGGACCUUACCUCGUUUACGUCACGAUAUCAGUUGAUAGUCCCUUCCUCAUCAAGGCAAUGGCAUUGGGAUUACAACUCGUGAGCGCGUUUUGGUUCUAUAAAAUCCUCAAGAUGAUGAGAUACAAACUUAUUAAAAAAUCAAAUUCCCACUGA